AUGCCUCCGAGCAAAGAGCGCAAUGCAUCUCACGCUGCCAGGCGUGCAUCUGACAACCGCGCCCAUCCUUUGCGCAAGCCUGCCUCCAGCGACGAUUUCUUCACCGACAGUCUGCUUGAUUCAUCCAGAAUACCAACUCCUAGCCCAUCCAAGAAAAAUACGAACAACGCGCUAGCUUCUAGGCCCAGACGUGCCAUUGGGAAUACAAGAACACUGAGAGAUGCUUGGGACGCGACUGCCAGUUCCGGACGUCGGUCAUCUGCUGGGAGUGAUCUCUACUCCAGACCGGAGAUCUUCAGGUCGACGCCCGCUCAAACGACAGGACGAAGUCCGGCGGGUCCAUCAAAGGCGCAACCUACAUCUAGUCCACCUCGAGGGAGACAUGCCUCGGUCCCCACUGCCAGCCCAACCUCUGAUGCUUCAAGUCCACCCCGAGGUCUUAACGACGUAUAUCAGCGGAUAGCUGACGAGGAGAGGCUAGCUGCACAGGAAGGAGAGAUCGAAGAGGACGAUUUCACAGAUAGCACAAUGUCACACAAUGAUUAUGUCGACGAGGACAGAGCGCGACUUAACCGUAUUCGCAGCUCACAAUCACCUCUGACUUUUCGAAGCUCCAGCCGCAAUACUCCACAACCACAGGCAGCUGACGCCGAUAAAGAGAAUCAGCGUGAGGAGACCGGGCUGACAGAUGCAUCUGGCAUGAGCUUUCUGGAAAACAUGACCGACCAAGUCCUGGCGGCCAAGUUGACGCCUCAUACGCAAGACAGAGCGCGAGAUCGCACACGUCUUGACAAAGCUGUUCAGAAGACUACGCCCCUAGCGUUCAGCAAAGCCCAGGUUGGCUCCAGACAUGCACUGACGGCGGAGAAUCUUCAGAAGUCCGCCGCAAGAGAUAACUCCGCAUCUGUACACGGGUCUUCGAACGGUAGCAUGCGCAAUGAGGAUACAAACCCCCCACCCAAUGUGCCCCGGACUUGGGGAACGAAAGGAAGAGUAGAUAAGGACUGGCUCCGCAAGAUUCAUGAUCGAAAUGGGAGUCCUGCGAAUGUUACUCCCAUUGGUGACAAGCAACAAUCUUCGCAAGUCGACUGGACUGCCGCUGCAGCAGACGUUCCGCUGCCCAGUGUGGAAGAGAGCCUGACACCGCGACCCGAGCAACCGAAGGAUUCUAUGCCGACAUCUCUAUCCAAGCAAUCCUCACUCGACAGAAUACGCCAUUGGGAGUUGAAUGACUUUACGGGAACUAACCUACUGGUGUCUGAUAGCCCUCCUGUCAAGGUCCGAAGCAGCGUUCCCGAUCAGAUCAAGGAUAGAGAGAUCGAAACCCUCGAAAAGCGGGCUGUGACGACGAAUCGAUUGGGUGAGAUCAGAAAGAAGAAUUCACGUGAGCUUCUUGUGGGCAAAGCAAGAUCCCAGAAUCUGGAAGCGCAAAAGGGAGUGGAGGAUGAUGCAUCUCCAGAGAAGGAGGCCAUGACUAGAUUUGAGGAAGUAGGGGAGCCAAUACCCGAUACCCCUAUCGUGGUCUUCAAAGCGUCAGCAAACGGGAUCAAACAGAAUCACAAUGCCAAUGGUCGUCCGAUACAGGACAGGAAGGAUUCUCGAGAUAGCUUGCAACGAUUAGCCAGAGCAAUCAGUGAGAGUCCAAAGCCUAGCUUGACGCCCGAAGACUGGUCGUUUAUUAAGAAAGAGGAGGCCGAGUCUGCCCAACCAGAGAUCCGUAAGCUGCAAAAGAUGCAGGAUGAAUCACGCAAGUCCUCCCGAGAGGUGGCGGAUGCGACUUCUCCCUCUUCCGUCAAGAGGUCUAUAUCAGCAGAUGCCGCCAGAACCCCAAUUGUGACUGGUGCAUGGACUGACACAAUACUUCCCAACACGAUCAAGACCGUCAAGCACAAACAAGCACCAGUCAAAUAUGCUCAAACACCCCAUGUCACCGGCGGUUGGAUAGAUACUCCUGUGGUUACCGGUAAACGACAAUCUUCCUCCAUUAUACCAGUGCCUACAGACAAAGUACCCGAGAGGCCUGAUGCCGAUCUAGAAAAAGACCAUUCGAAGCCCACCAAUAAUAAAAACGCAGAUACCAAACCACCUACUAAGCUAGCUCCCAACCUCCCCCGAAGCGCCCUUACAAGCCUUCUGACAAAAGCCAAACGAAAACUAGCAAGCGCCGACCAGCAAGACAGUGCCACCAACCAGGAAGAGGAGAUCAAUAACAAUGACACGCUCAACCUUGGUGAUGCAACCAUCGAGUCUCUCGAAGACCUCCUCACUCUCGACAACGCUGACAUGACAACCCUGCUACGAAUGGGCGCAGAAUUCGAAGCACGGCGAGAGAUCGAUUCCAAUACGUCUCAUCCGAGCGGGGACAGAGCGGCAGACAGAGACACAGAUGCCGGCUCUGAGAAAGCAGCAGGCACAGAGACAGAACUACUGGAGCGUCUGGGCACCAAACUGGAAAGAUUGCGAACAAAUAUCCACGACGCAAGGAAGGGGAUCUCGAAGCUGGAACAUCAAGUCUCACAGCCGUCGCCGCAGACUAGCACUGGCAAUACUGGCAAUACUGUCAUCAUAUCCGCGAACGGAGAGCUGAUAACAGGUCCAUGCCAAAGCUGUGGCUGUCCUCGCGGAACAUCCUCCAUCUUCACGACGUUGAAUACGACAUCAACUUCCAACCUCUUCCUCCCCGUCCGCCUUCACAUCCCCCAAUCUAUUCCCCUCCCCAUCCCUCGUCUCUGGCACUCACCCCAGAAGCAUGAGCCAUGGUGGCGGCCUCCCAGACCUACAGCCCUAGGCUACGCCACCCUCGCCCUCUGGCUAUGGUAUCUGACCGAAACCGUCCUCUGUAAUUGGGGCGGCUACUGUCAUCCCGAAUAUGCUGAGUAUUACGUCUGGCCGGAUCCUCCUCGGGGAGGGUAUGACGGGUACGAGUACGGAAUCAACGGGAGGGGAGAGAUGAGGUGGGGCUGGAUUACGUGGACACUUGUCAGGAGCUGGAUUUUCGGAGGGCUGGCGGCCAGGUGGAUGGGAAGUCUUUGGUGGUUGAUCAGGGGUUCGCUCUGGCUGAUGGUGAGGUGGGUGAGCAUGCUGGCCGGUUGGAGUGACGGGUUUGCCUCGGAGGCUGUAGGGGCUGCUUCUAGAGGUUCACGAAGUGAUGGUCCCGUCGUGGGGAUGGGUGAGGAUGAAUUCCUAUAA